AUGAGGCCCGCUGUGAUCGCCGCUCUGCUCGCCUCUUCGGCGUUUGCCCUACCGACCGCAUCGCGCUCCCAGGAGUCCAUUGAAAAAGAGUUGGACGAACUCAACGCCUCAGAGCCUUGGGAGAAGCGCCAGAGUGUCGGUAUUUACGGAGGCAAGAGCGCUUCCUCCACUGACUCCGACGACGUCGAGAAGCGCCAGAGUGUCGGUAUUUACGGAGGCAAGGGCGCUUCCUCCACUGACGCUGACGACGUCGAGAAGCGCCGGAGUGUCGGUAUUUACGGAGGCAAGGGCGCUUCCUCCACUGACUCCGACGACGUCGAGAAGCGCCAGAGUGUCGGUAUUUACGGAGGCAAGAGCGCUUCCUCCACUGACUCCGACGACGUCGAGAAGCGCCAGAGUGUCGGUAUUUACGGAGGCAAGGGCGCUUCCUCCACUGACGCUGACGACGUCGAGAAGCGCCAGAGUGUCGGUAUUUACGGAGGCAAGGGCGCUUCCUCCACUGACGCUGACGACGUCGAGAAGCGCCAGAGUGUCGGUAUUUACGGAGGCAAGGGCGCUUCCUCCACUGACGCUGACGACGUCGAGAAGCGCCAGAGUGUCGGUAUUUACGGAGGCAAGGGCGCUUCCUCCACUGACUCCGACGACGUCGAGAAGCGCCAGAGUGUCGGUAUUUACGGAGGCAAGAGCGCUUCCUCCACUGACUCCGACGACGUCGAGAAGCGCCAGAGUGUCGGUAUUUACGGAGGCAAGGGCGCUUCCUCCACUGACGCUGACGACGUCGAGAAGCGCCAGAGUGUCGGUAUUUACGGAGGCAAGGGCGCUUCCUCCACUGACGCUGACGACGUCGAGAAGCGCCAGAGUGUCGGUAUUUACGGAGGCAAGGGCGCUUCCUCCACUGACGCUGACGACGUCGAGAAGCGCCAGAGUGUCGGUAUUUACGGAGGCAAGGGCGCUUCCUCCACUGACUCCGACGACGUCGAGAAGCGCCAGAGUGUCGGUAUUUACGGAGGCAAGAGCGCUUCCUCCACUGACUCCGACGACGUCGAGAAGCGCCAGAGUGUCGGUAUUUACGGAGGCAAGGGCGCUUCCUCCACUGACGCUGACGACGUCGAGAAGCGCCAGAGUGUCGGUAUUUACGGAGGCAAGGGCGCUUCCUCCACUGACGCUGACGACGUCGAGAAGCGCCAGAGUGUCGGUAUUUACGGAGGCAAGGGCGCUUCCUCCACUGACUCCGACGACGUCGAGAAGCGCCAGAGUGUCGGUAUUUACGGAGGCAAGGCCUCUGCGGAGACCGACUCCGAGGACACCGCUUAA